AAAUCCCCUGCUAGUGUAUGCAUGCCAUCACGAUAGUUUCCCUUUCAACAUUUUCUUCGGCAUAGAUAGGAACAGACAGUGUUCUCGGCCCUCGAUGAAAAGUUUGACAUCGCGGGAAUAACUUGGUGGCCUGAUCUUGCUUUCGUACGUCCCGGCUUCUCUGAGCCUCAUAUUUAUUUUGGUCUGCUCGUUGCGGACUUUUCUCAGUGCUUGAAUGUACAAUUAGGCAUCUGAGGAUCGCAUCAUCCUUCCAUUACUCGAAAUGAUGGUCUGUAUGUCGGUCGUUCUUUCUUUACCGUACUCUACUUCAAGAAGACAAUUACGACAUAGUCGCUAUUUCUGACGACUGACGAGGAUCUAUCAAACAUGGUUGGUAAUUUGGCAAACUACGGAACGUUGCGAGCGAAUAUCGGCGUUGGUUUAAUGAGACGGCUAAUUCUGAUCUGUCCAAAACAUUAUUAGAAAUUCAUUCCGUUGUACUUCUCAGGCGUGGGGGAGAACAAUGAGCUAUUUUUCUAAUGAAGAGUAGUUCUUCCUGUUAGUGUCCAGAUCGCUUUUCAAAUAGGUCCGAAACAUGUUCAGAUUGGGCAAUAAUGACGUACUGUUUAUGGGUAUGGUAGAAUUUAUACUGCUGUAUACUAAUGCGCUUUUGCCUGGAGGAGAACUGGAAAGACCCAAGAUAUGUAGGAGUUUGGAGUGCCUAGGUAUAGGUCGCGCAUGAGUUAUCAUUUUCAGGCUUGUUGUCGUUUCGUAUACUGUGAAAUCUGAAUGAGCAUCAAACUGGGGAGAUCUCCAACGUAUUUUGUGGGUGGUCUUGGCACCCCAAUCCAUUCCGAUAAGAUACCAAGCCCGAUCCGAUAAGCGACUCGACAACCUGACUUUCAACUGUAAAUUCUUUUGAUGCCAAGUUCCAACCAGAACACACAAACAAUGUCAAUUUGAUCAGUUCUCGAAUCAAUAUACUCGUCCAGCUCAUUCUGCAGAAAUCCAGCUAUCAAAGUGUCCAGCUAUCCAGCACCGUGGCAGGCUUUGUCAAACUCAAGAAACUCUUACAACACCUCAAUGAUUCAAUAACACAUCCUGAUUUCCCCCCCUCCUACGCUCACCCAUUGCUUCCCUUGAACAGCAGUGAGGACGAUACCGGUGUUGGUUAACACUACCGAACAUCAACAAGAUGCCCACUCUGGCUGUAACCAAUUUCAAUAUCGUUGUACGUUUGCCCAGCCCAAAAUCGCCACAAUGGUUGUGGUGUUGGUAUCAUGUUGACCAUUACAAUUGCAGUGUUCGGUACUUGGAGGAUUCAUAACAUUAUUUGGAUUAGUAUCCUAUCUCUUCAAGGAGAAAUUUUAUCUCUCGGAAGCUCGUUAGUCCACCUUUCCCAGACAGAUGGCCCAUCUAACAAUAUGCUAUGCAGUCAUCUCCCUUCUCGCGGGGGUAACUUUCUCCCCUCAUGCUCUAGACAUAGUUCGACCUCUCUCCUACACCGGCACACAAGAAAACCUCGAUACCGUAACCCUCGCCUUCUCCCGUCUGGUUCUAGGCGUUCAACUUGUCCUCGCAGGUGUACAACUUCCUUCUCGAUACCUAGCAAAAGAAUGGAAAUCCCUACUUCUCCUCCUCGGCCCCAUCAUGACCCUUAUGUGGCUCGCCUCCAGCCUAGUAGUCUGGGGACUGGUUCCAAAUUUACCUUUUCUCCAUGCGUUAGCGAUAGGCGCUUGCGUAACGCCUACCGAUCCCGUCUUAUCAAAUGGUAUUGUGAAGGGCAAGUUUGCGGAUAAGAAUAUACCCAAGGAUUUGCAGAAGAUUAUCAUUGCAGAGUCAGGAGCGAAUGAUGGGUUGGGAUAUCCGUUUUUGUUCUUGGCCCUUUAUCUUUUGAAGUAUAAUGGUGGCCAUGAUGGGGGCGCGAACGAGGCUAUGAGGCUUUGGUUUGGGGAGACUUGGGGAUAUACCAUUAUCCUCUCAGUGAUAUAUGGCGCAAGUGUUGGCUGGAUUGCCAAGGAACUUCUUCGUAAGUGAUCUAUUCUUUGGCUGUACCCCCAGCCAUCACUCCGUCUUCUUCGCCAUCUCUCCCUCUUGAUCCCUCCAAAUCCUCAAAUCAAGAUCUAUACUAACAACACCUCAGACAUUGCCGAAGAAAAGAAAUUCAUAGACCGAGAAUCCUUCCUCGUCUUUGCCAUCACGCUAUCUCUCUUCAUUGUAGGAACUUGUGGAAUGAUAGGUAGUGAUGAUGUCCUCGCCUGUUUCAUAGCCGGCAAUGCAUUCACAUGGGACGACUGGUUCCGUCUCGAAACUCUCGACGACUCUCUCCAACCUACCAUCGACAUGCUACUCAAUCUGUCAAUAUUUAUCUGGUUUGGUGCCAUGUGUCCCUGGCCAAUGUUUCUAACCAACAACGUAAUUCCAAUCUGGCGAUUAGUGAUGUUAGGCGUAUUAAUUUUGGCAUUCCGGUAUGUCAUCGCUUCAACAACUAUUUCCCCUUUUUGCGUUUUGGAGAUAUACUUAUCAGUAAAACAGACGUCUCCCAGUGGUCUUCGCCUUCCACAAAUUCAUCCACCAAAUAGUCGACAUCCGCCAAGCCGUCUUCGUAGGCUUCUUCGGACCCAUCGGCGUCUCAGCAAUCUUCUACCUCUACAUCUCCCUCGAAUUUCUCGAGACUCUCACCAACUCCGACGGCACCCAUCGCGAGGACGCCCAGCAACUCCGCGAGGUAAUGACAGUAGUCAUCUGGUUCCUAGUCAUCUGCUCCAUCGUCGUCCACGGUCUCUCCAUCCCAUUAGGUAAACUGGGGUUUUUCCUCCCCCGAACCAUUUCCCGAGCGUGGACGAGUCAGACUCCGUCCGAAGAGGGCUCCGCGAUUGGAGAGCGGAUUGCUAGUAAUGCUUUCGGUGGUGUUUUGAGGAGGAGAGGGAGGGACAGUAGAUCUAUUCAUAGGGAGGAGGGGGGAGUGAGUGAGGGGGCCAGCAGGCAGAUUUAUAGGAUCGGCGGGAGGGUUAUUAGGGAUGGGGAGGAGGGGAGCUAGGCGGCUUGUGGGAGUAGAGGUCCUGGUACGGGUGCAGGUGUAGGUGCGAUUACGGGGGCUAGCUCGAGGCCGCCGGUUGAUAGGACGAUUCGGUUUCCGGAUGAGGAGAAUGCUGCGGGUGUAGAGGCUCAGAAGGCUGUUUGA